GCCUUCAGGGCGCAGGCGGCGGCUUAUCGCCGAGCUGCUCUCCACCUCCUCCUCCUCCUCGCUCCCCCCCCUCCUCCUCCUCUCCUUGUCUCUACAGAGAAAAGGUGCCGCGCAGGUUCCGCUUCGGCUCGUCAUCCAGCCGCCCCGUCCUCCUCGCCGAGGGCCGACGCCGCUCCCCUCCCCCUCCUUCCCUUUUCCCCCUCCCUCCCCUUCCUUCCGUCGGUCCGUCAGUUGGGGUUGCGCGCGCGCGCGCCAGGGGCGCGGGCCCAAGCCUCGUCCCCCUCGCGCUCCCCUCACGGGCGUCUCGGAGCCGGACGGGUCCCGGCCUCCCUCCUCAUUCCCCGGCCGGCGUGAGCGAGCCCGGGGAGCGGCCUCUAUACCUCCGCGCGCGCUCACAGACACACACACAUUACCCGGCCGCCUCCUCCGAAGCCAUGGCGGCGAGCGCCAAGCGGAAGCAGGAGGAGAAGCACCUGAAGCUGCUGAGGGAGAUGAGCAGCCUCCCGCCCAACCGCAAGUGCUUCGACUGCGACCAGCGCGGCCCCACCUACACCGACAUGACGGUGGGCAGCUUCGUGUGUACCUCCUGCUCCGGCAUCCUGUGAGUUGAGGAGAGGAGAGUUGAGGAGACGUAGAGAAAAAAGAGACACAGAGAAAAAGAAAGGAAGGAGGAGGAGGAGGAGGAAGGGUUGACCUCCUCCCAGGCGGGAGGAAACAAUCGAGAGCUUUAAGCAGGCGAUGGGAGGGAGGGGUGGGUGGUGGAGCUGAGGAGAAAUAAGGGGGGCUGGGAGGGGAGGUUGGUGAAGACUCCCCACCCCACCCCGCUCCUGAUCCCAUAUGGGAAUUGGCAGCGGUCUCGGGGAGGGGGGUGGGUGGGUGGGGAGAGGCUGAAGCGUAAACGAGACUGCGGGCAGUUUGCGGUGGGGGGGGGGGAUUCAUUUUUUCUUUCCUCUCAUUUCCCCCAUAAUUGCUGGGCCAGACCCUUUGAGAGGAAUGGGGCGCGUGGUGUUGGGCGGAGAGCGGGGGUGGGGUGGGGGUUGCUCGUGUGUCUUUCAGGCGAGUGACAGGGGCACACGGUGUGCAAGAGGGCUGCGCAUGGGUACGGGUGAGAAUUGGGAGACCAGGUUGAAGAGAUCCCCGGAAAGAAAAGAAGGAAGCUGAUGUGGUGGAGGAUAGAUGGUGUGGGGCUUGCUGAAUCUUCCAGCGUCCCUUAAGUGUAGAAGGGGUGGGUUUUAUUUCCUCAAAAGUGGGAGGAAUAUCGGUAAUGAAAAAUGGAGGGUCUUAACGAGCACAUUCUCUCUGUAUAUAAAGUGUGCUACGCUUUUAGGAGGAGGGAUGCAAACUUUUUCUGCUAGUUUGAUCAAGUUCCCUUAGAGCAUAUGAAAGGCUAGAGGUGGACAGGUGCCAAUUGUGAUAUUAACCCAGGAAGUAUGUAAAAAGGGUGGGGAAAGCUUGACAAAUACUCUGCAGAUGCAUUUUUAUUUUUUGGUACUCGUGUAAUUAAGAUGGCAAAUACGCUUUUGCCUGAGUGUUCCCUUCAUGGAUUUGAGUUUAUUGAGCACAUUAAAAAUUUGCCUUGAGGGUUUACAACAGGAAACAGAUUAAUGAUUACUGGUUAACCUCUGGAUUUGAGUUCACCAUGCCAGUUGUUUAGUUAGCAUAAUUUGGUCUUUUUUCGUACCCCAAUUAAUAUCAAACUUGCUGUGCAAAUGGUUUGCAAACUGUGCAAAUUGUCCCUCAUCAUUUUGAAGCAGUUGCAGUUUUCUCCAGCAUGUUAUCCUUUUUACCUUGCAAGAUUUGUUUUGUUCAACCACAUGGUGUUGCACAUGGAACUUGAUUUGCUGUGACAGUUACUAAAAUGAAGGUACGGCACUUGUCAAAUAGAUCAGAACUGUUGACUCCUGCUCAUAGAGCUCAUAGGUAGAAUAUGUGCUUUGUAUGGAAGGUUCCAAACUGACAAUUGGAUAUCCAGUUUAAAGCGUAUAGUAAAGAAAGUCACUGGAAGGUCUUAUGCUAAAUAACUUGUAGAACCAAAGUUAUAGUGCUCCCUGUGUGACCAUGUUUAAGGAAUCCAUCACUUGCCAUCCAUAAUUAGACACAUGUGCAUGUAAAAAGUUGUCCAUAAAAAUUAUAUGUAAAAAGACUUGCUGUCAGCACCAUGUACUUAUAUUAUAUACUCACAAAUUUACUCUUAAUUGAUUUUUACUAGUUCACCAUUACAAGUACACAUGAAAGUAACUUUAGCCAUAUCACUAUUUCCGUUGAGUCACUAAUCCUUCCUGCAGUAAUCCUUAUACAGAGGUGUAGCUUAGAUGUAUUGCUGAAGUUUCCUAUUUAGUACUUGCAGGAAUCAUUGGUUCUCUCACUUUCAGACCUUUGGGUUCUAUUUCAUACAUUAUAGCAGUGGCAAAGUUGCUGCUGAACUUUUGCAGUUGAAAUUAGCAUAACCAUUCUCAAACUGAGACGACCAUGUGUGAUAUGACAAGGGAUGAUGGAAGUUCAACAGUGUCUGGACCGUAAAUUUGCCACACACAUUUUAAGGAACAGGUUUGAUUUUAAGAAGGCUGAAGAGACAAAUAUGGAGGGAGGUGGAGCAAAUAAACUUCUUCCUGUUUGCUUGUUUAUUAGACUAUAUUGCUUGGAGAUUUUUGAAAUAUUAAGCAGUUUAAAUAAAUCAAUUUCUUGGACAUAUGUGCAUUUUUAGAGUAGAAAAAUCUGUUAAAUUAAUAAAACUUCAAUGCUAGCAAUACGAUGCUUAAAUAAAUUUCAAAUACUUUGAUGAUGCUAUUAUUAUUAUUUAUUUAUGUGCUGCCCAUCUGACUAUGUUACCCCAGCCACUCUGGGUGACUUCCAACAAAUUAGAACACAGUAAGACAUCAAACACUUAAAAAUCAAAAUAAUAUAUGAAACCUCAGGUUAUCUAACAUUUUUAGCUUUCCAGAUCUUAAGUAGGUAAAUAGUAGGGAGAAAAUGUCACAGAUUCAAGGCAACCAAGUGAAUCUGUAUCUUUACAAAGUACUUUAAACCAUCCAGUUCCUUAGUCCCUUCAAAAGAUUAAUGUCCUUAAGAGAAAGGGCUAUGGAAUUGAGAUCUGAUAUUCUUAAUUGAUUCCUGUCAAAUUAUAAAUUCAUUAAACUAAAAUUAUUAGGCCUAACUUUUCACUGCUCUUGGAUAAGUACUCCAAAACAAGUACUAACACUUAGAAAAAGGCAAUUUUCUUUCAUGCCUAAGAUUCUUCAGAGCUAGGAUGGUUUCUUUGACCAAUUGUAGCUUCAAGGUAUAGUAGAACUUUAUUUUCUUCUUGAAAAGUUUCUAGAAUGACUUCCUUCAAUUUUCUUGUUUUAUAGACGAGGUUUAAAUCCACCUCACAGAGUGAAGUCCAUUUCCAUGACCACAUUCACACAGCAAGAAAUAGAAUUUCUGCAGAAACAUGGGAAUGAAGUAAGUAUUACAGACUUGUUUUUAAGGGAAUAAAUAGUCCUCAAAUGAAUGUGAUUUAUCAUUCUUCAAGAAGAAUGAUAAACCACACUGAUUUUGGUGUUGGUAAAAAUGGAGUGUUAAGUAGACAUGGUGCAGGAUGGUCAUAGAUUUAUAACCCACCCUGCCCAGCACCCUGAUGGGUAUUAGAAAUGGCAAAUUAUCAUCAGAUUAUCAUCACUUGAUCAGUGGGGAGGAUGCAGUGACCGUCAUCCUGAGCUGAGUGUGGACCAACUGGGGGCUGUGUGUGAGGGUGUAUCUUGUGUGUGAGGGACAGUGGCCAAACCCACCCACUAGCAUGUGCACCCUAGAGAGAUAGCCAAGGAUGAAUACAGCCCCUAAGGCAGAAAAGGUUAGCCACUCCCAUUGCUGAAAAUGAGAACUGAAAUUUUCUUUGCUGUUUGUAGCAAAAAAAUAGUAUUUGAGAACUAUGAAACUUCAGACCCCUCCAAAUUGGUUUCUGCAGCAGGAACGAUGUCUCAUAGCCUUGUGCCAAUUGUGUUUGUUACUCUUUUUCCUUUUUCUUCUACAAAACUGUUUAUUGUUCAAAAUACCGCAGUGCUACAUUUUUCAGUGUGGGUAGAACUGCUGUUAAAGAUGAGUGGUCUUUCCUCAAACCACUUAAUUCCCAUCCAUUUUACACAGGGCAGCAGUAACUUGCCAUAUGUUAAUUAUAGGGAGAAAGGAAGAAGUUGCUGCAUGUGGGAUCUGCGAAAUUACCAGAAAAUGUAAUGGUUUUGUAAUAUAAAAAUUGAAAAUCCUGGAGGAAAGAAGAACCUAAGUAGAGCCUGUUGAAUCAGGCCAGUAGCCUGUCUAGUCCAGCAUCCUGCUCACACUGGUGAAGCAGGUGCCUUUGGGAAGCCUGGAAGCACCUGCCCACCUGCAAUUCCCAACAACUUGUAGAACAAGCAGCUGUUGAUAGCCUUGUCCUCCACGAACUUAUCUUAAUAGUCUGUUAAAGCCAUCCAAGUUGGUGGCCAUCACUGCUUUCUGUGGGAACCAGUUCCAUUGUUUUAAGUAUGAAGAAAUACUUUCGUUUAUCUGUCCUGAAUCAUCCAGGGUUCAGCUUCAGUGGAUGUCGACGAGUAGUGGUGUUAUGAACAGGGUUUGAAAUUAGCAGGGUGCCAGGCACAUUUUGCACCUAAAGAGUCUCCAUUUGUGAGCACCUCCAAACGUCUGGGUGCCAUUUUUUUGUGCCUGGCUGACAUUCAAGGAUUACUGAAAUGUAUGUGAUUUGAAGCUUCGAAGUCUAUGUUAAGGACAGACAAUAUGUUAGGGAGUUUAACAAUAAAGAGUAGAGUGUUUUGUAAACUGAAGUAUGGUACCAAUAUUUUUAUUGUAAACACAGAAAUAAACAGGUAUUAACAAUUUCUGCUAAAAAUGUGGUAUCAACAAUGUGUCACUUGUGUGAAUUGCGUAUUAAUUCAGGCUUAUCAAAAUAAUAAAUAAAAAGUGUUGCUUCCACAACCCAGGUCCCAGGAGCCAUUUGGCUCCUAGCUUUUCUAUUCCAGUUUCUAACACUGGUUAUGAGAGGAGAAAAACUCUUCUCUGUCCAUGCUAAAGCUGCUUCAGCAAACCUUGUUCUUCUGUAUGUUCGGCUAUUUUAUCUUUAACAAUACUUUCCACCAGUUUUCCUAGGGCAGAUAUAGCUAACCAGCCUGUAAUUUCCAGGAUCUCCUCUAAAUCCCAUUUAAAAAAUUGGUGUUACAUUGGCUACUUUCCAGUCCUCUGGUAUGGAGGCUGAUUACGAGGGACAAGUUACAUAUUUUUGUUAGAGGUUCAGCAUCUGAGUUCUAUGGGCGGAUGCCAUCUGGACCCAGCAAUUUGUCAGCUUUUAUUUUGUCUUUUAAGCCUAGAACUUCAUCUCUUAUCAGCCACUAUCUGCCUCAGUUCCUCAGACUCCCUUCCUGCAAAAGUUAGUUCAGGCUCUGGGAUUUGCCCCAUGUCUUCUGUUGUGAAGGCAGAUAGUUAUCAGAUUACAGGCAUUGGUUCUGGAAUCUUCUAGAAAUAAUCUCUUAACAGCAUUGUAAAAGAUCUAAGUAAAUUUGGCAUAAAUUAGGGGAAGACUAUGUUUUGAGACUUGACACUGAACACAUGGCAUCUCAUGAAAUGAGUACUUCAUUUAGGCAUUAGCAGGGUAUCCCAACUACUUUAUGAAUGCCAUAAAGACACCAUAAAUAAUAAAAUUGUAGGUCUUUAUAGUCAAAAAAAUAGUAGGUGAUAGCUAAUACACAUGGAUGGAGCCUGGCCCAUGACUCUGUCUUACAUUAUUCAGUCAGGUCAUCUGCUUGCUGAGGAAUAUAGUUAACUUACAUUGGCAAUAAACUUUUCCAUUCUUUGGCAAUCAGUUAAAAGUUAUUUUUAGAAAGGGGUUUAUAGCACUUAGUUUUUCUGGUAGAGCAUAGUGAAACAUAAUUAUGCUUGAUUAGAGGAUAAAAGAAUAUCACUUGUGCCAAUCUAUACUUUUCUUGUCUAAACAGGCAAACAUAGUUGGUGUUUAACCUUCAAAAUGGGAUUAAGAACCUGGUUUUGAUUCUGUUUUGCUACAUAACAGGAUUGGAGUUAUUAAUUUCCUGAUGCAAUGGGACGAAGCACAUAAAACCAAAGCUCCUUAGGCCUUGUUCUUUUAACCCUAAACCUUUUGCAGCAUUAGGGCAAUAGAAUUCUCAUAGUCUGACAGUCUAUCCCAUGUGUAAGGUGGCAUGGUCUUCAUUGGGAGGGUUGUCCUCUGCAGUGCACUAAACUUAAUGUUUCAAGGCUUUGACCCUUUGGUGUAGUAAUCUCCCUCAAACUUAUGUUAUAUCUAGGAUGACCAGGGCUAUGUGUGCCAACCUUUUCUGCAAUACAAAUUCUUACAAAUAUUGAUGCCCCUAUGAUGCAUGUGUAAGCUAAUUGUGACGCUAUACGAAUUUAUCAUAGGUGGGAGCCAACAUCAACAUAGCUUCCCUAAAGUUUGCAUAUUUGUUUACUGUAUUAUUGUCCUUUUUUCUAUUAGUUAUUGUCUCCCAGAGCAGCUCACAUCAGUUAAAAAGAGAGAAGGGCACUUAUUAAGCCACAAAAGGAAAGUGGAGGAAAAAGGUAGGGGUGGGAGAUCAGUUCUUUAAACCCAUAACAAAGUGGUGAGAAAUAAAUGGGCAUUUAUAUCCUCUUGGGACCAGGCUAAUCAGUAUAUUUUUCUUGUUUCUCUAUAUUUUUCUUGUUUUAUCGGAAAUGUAAUAUGAGCAGUUGUGGUCAUAAGUUACUGUUGAAAGAUGCAGAAACUAUUAAAGGGUCUCUGUAAGCAGUUGUGGUAUUUAGAGCAAUUCCUUACACAAAUACUUGACAAGUACAACCUUCUUACAUUUUGAUAAAUUUAUUUUGGUCUACUUAAUAUUUUUUAUUGUGUGAUACACAAAAGUUGUUCCCAUUACAGUAUUUGCAAAGGAAUAAACUGCUGCAGAUGAAGAGAUACUGUGCCAUAAUGAAUUACUAUGCUCACAAAACAGGAGUGAGGCAGUUCCUGUAGAAAUAGAAUAGAAUGUAAUCAAGUAAAAUGAAAGUGGUAUAGAGGGAAUAUUUAAAUGUCUUAUAAAGGCAGCCAAGCAAGUAAUUCCUGACUGAAGUGCAAUUAUUAUUUAUGGAGUAUCUAAAAUUGUGUUGGACUAAUGCUUUCAGUUCUUGCAUUUCUAGGAAGCAUAUAUUAGCCAAUAGAUCAGUGACUAAGACAAAGGAAUUAGGGUAUUUACUGAAUACAAGUUACUGCUUGCUUACUCAGGAACACCAUUUCAAAAUCCUUCCUGUGGCAAGUUUCGCUUGUACUAUAGUUCUGCUUUGUUGCUAUGUCAAAUUGUAAAUCUAGUAAUUGGCUGCUGCAAAAUAUACGUUAUUCAUUCAUUGUAUGGCAUAUUCUGAAAUGUUCAUUAUCUUUAUUACCAAACGGUUUUCAUACAGAGUAGUCUACAGAUGAAUGAAAUGUGACUUAUUUGUAAUUGUGUAUCAGACCACCUAUUUUUAACUAGAAGUUACCCAAAUGAGCUCUGUGCCAUAAGGUGGAAAAUACUGGGAUACAGGUUUUUAACCAGUCUGCAUAAGCAGUAAUGUGCAGUUGCAUCUUGAAUGAAAGCUAAACUGGCACUCCAGUCAUUCCAUCCUUGCAUCAACUGUGGAAAGUCUUUUCUAGGAAAUAGCAGGAGUGUACACGAGGAAGCUUUCAUAAAUCAAAGCAUGCUUUUCAGUACAUUAACAACUUAGUUGCUUUAAUUUAAAUUGGUUCACUUUUUGCUAGGAUUUGAGAUAUAUACAGCUUAUAGCUCUCUACCUGUAUUAUCCAUUCACUUGCAAAAACCUAUUGAUAAUUUUCUUAAGCUUAGUGUUAAUAUUUUGUUUCUAGAAAGAAAAUUAAAUUAUUGUGCCUGCCUGCCUGCCUGCACUUAGGCAGCUAGCUGUUCCUGGCCAACUUCCUGGUUUAUAUUAGUCAGGGUGACCCAUGGGAGUCCUCAUUUUCGUCAUUGCUGUUAAAUGCAGACUGGCAACAACAAUCUGCAUGCAAAAUCCCAGUUUCGUUGCAUUUGCUAGGAGGGAAUAGAUGCCCUUAUCCCUGAACACAUUUAUUCAGCUUUAUGCAACAAUUGUCCCAUCCUAUUGCAAUGAACUGAGCAACCACUUGGUCUCCUGCUGUAAUAUAUGGGAUGCGGGUGGCGCUAUGGUCUAAACCACAAAGCCUAGGGCUUGCCGAUCAGAAGGUCAGCGGUUCGAAUCCCCGUGAUGGGGUGAACUCCCAUUGUUGGGUCCCAGCUUCUGCCCACCUAGCAGUUUGAAAGCAUGUCAAAGUGCAAGUAGAUAAAUAGGUACCGCUCCAGCGGGAAGGUAAACAGCAUUUCCAUGCGCUGCUCUGGUUCGCCAGAAGCGGCUUAGUCAUGCUGGCCACAUGACCUGGAAGCUGUCUGUGGACAAACGCCGGCUUCCUCGGCCUAUAGAGCGAGAUGAGCGCGCAACCCUAGAGUCGUCCGUGACAGGACCUAACAGUCAGGGGUACCUUUACCUUUAUCACAAUGAACUGAGCAACCACUUGGCCACCUGCUGUAAUAUAUACAUUAUAAAAAAAAACAUUUUAAGUCCUGUGGGUCUCCUUAUGUGUUGCCAUUAUGCCAAAAGGCCUUUUGUGUCCCCAAUUUUAAGUUUAUCUAUUUAAAAAAGUAUUAGUUUUUUUUAAAAAAACCAAAAAACACACAUUUUUUCUUACAGACCACUCCCAUGAUGUGAUUCUGUGAUGUCAAAAGGCUUUUGUGUGCUCCCCUCAACACCUAAUCUGUGUCCUUUUUAAAAAAUGGCCCCCAGCAUCCUCUUCUAGAAAGCCAUAACCAGUUUGGAAACUGUAUGGUUUGUUUCGGAAACCUUUUUGUACCAAAUUACCGUAUUUUUCGCUCUAUAACACGCACCAGAUCAUAACACGCACAUAGUUUUUAGAGGAGGAAAACAAGAAAAAAAAUAUUCUAAACGAAAUAGUGGAUAUAUGAUUUUUGUGGUUCAUGCUGUGGCCACAGACAUGUGAUCUGACAGUGAGUUUGGAGUAGCCCAAUGCAAAAAUCUUGAGGAUCCAUGUGGAUCCAUGCUUUGUAACCACGGAGGAGGGAAGGAAGGGGGUCCAUGGAUCCUCUGCUCACGACUGCAGCAGAUCCCCCCCGCCACCCACAGGCAUUCGCUCCAUAACACGCACGGACAUUUCCCCUUACUUUCUAGGAGGAAAAAAGUGAGUGUUAUGGUGCAAAAAAUACGGUAUAUAUAUUGGACUAGAAUGCAUCUUUCAAUUAACCAUUGGUAUUAAUUUAGGCAUUCAAGGUCUUUUGAAUUACAAAUAAAAAUUUAGAUGCAUUUUUACAGAAAUGUAUGUAAAGGUUUGAAACAAAACCCCUCAAAGAGGUAAUUUGUAAAUUGCAGAUUUUUAUUUGGGGUAAAACCUGUUGUAUACUGUUUUAGGGGCCUUUGUUUGGGUUGAAAUGCAGGAUAAGAAUAACUGAACGUCAUGUUUUGGUGAUACUAUAUUAAACAAUUACACUGUCAUAAAACGGAUGGAGAUUUAUGAAAAGCACUGAUAUGCACACCAGUAAAUUCUUAAGCACAAUGCUUAUUCUGCUUCUUGAUAUAAAUAGUUACUAUUGUAGAGGAGCUAAAUGGCCUUGCAGGUAUGCAUAGCAAGAUCAGAUUACUGUGUCUCAAUGCACACCUAUAAAUGCUUACUCCUAAAGUAACCUGGUUGAACACGGUGGGACUUAACUCCUUGGUAAGUGUAUGUCUGCACUGUUUAUAUGAAUUAAAUGAUCAAGUUGAAAUUGAUUUAACCUAAUACUGUAUUGUGUUUCCUCCACAAGGUGUGUAAACAGAUUUGGCUAGGAUUAUUUGAUGAUAGAUCAUCAGCAAUUCCAGACUUCAGGGAUCCUCAAAAGGUCAAGGAAUUCUUACAAGAAAAAUAUGAAAAGAAAAGAUGGUCAGUACACACCUUAUUUUGCUAGUAUUUUAAAACAACUUUUUUUGUUGCUAAAAUUGGUGUUUCUUAUUUUUGCUAGUAUAACUAUCAUUUAAGUAUAUACAUGCUCUUAUCUGUAUUGUUAUUUACUUUGUCUGGAUGCUUUGCAGGAAGAUAGCUUCCCACGAUUCAUUUCUAAUUGCCAAAUCUUGAUCACUAGCUUAGAGAUUACACUGGUCAACAACAAAUUUGUUGUCUGGGUUUUUUCAGCUGAUUUAGGAUGAAUCUGAUGCGCUGAAUCCAAAAAUCACAUUGGUUUUGCUCAAUCAGGUCAAGUUUUUGAGCUAUGGCCACAUGUCUUUUUUACGUUUUUGUUCACAUGUACGCUUGUGUGGAGCAUUUUAGAAGAAGUUGGUGGGGGUAAAAUGCCUUGUCAAAUAAUUGUUUUGAUUGGAAAUGAUUAUUUUAAUGACAAGAAGUAUUCAGGUCCGAUAGUUCUGGGUGAUUAUGUCAAAAAGGGAUCAGUUUGAAGUCAUAAAACCUCGAAAUCUUCCAUAAAUUGGUCCAGCAAAGCAUAAAGUUGGGGGGAUCAAAACUAAGUUAAUGGGGCAGCCGCCCCACAAAAUAUCCUGAUCUUCAAUCAGCACGUCGUCCUAUAGCUCAUUGUGAUGAAAUUCCAGUGCCUAUCUUCGAAGAACUUCCUGACAUUAGUGACGAAGAUGCCUCCAGUGUUGAAGGACAUGAAGAAGAAGAAGUGGUUCUUGAAGAUGAUGCUCUACAUCCAUUUUCCCAAAAGGAGUUGAAUGAUCUAGUUCGCGACCUCAGCUUGUCAAAGGACUCUGCCGAACUGUUGGCAUCCAGAUUGAAGGGAAAAAAACCUCCUCUCUGACAGUGCUCGCAUCAGCUUCUUGCGCAACAGGCAUCAAGAGUACCUCCGUUUUUUCUCGGAAGAGAAGGACUUGGUGUACUGUGCAGAUAUUGCGCAGCUUCUGCUCAAGCUUGGAGUGCCACAGUACAAACCCAACGAUUGGAGACUGUUCAUUGACAGCAGCAAGCGAUCACUGAAAUGUGUUCUGCUACACAACGGCAACCAGUUUGCCUCUAUACCCCUGGCUCACUCGAGUACACUGAAGAACUAUGAAGCGGUGAAGUAUGUGCUGGAGAAAAUUGGUUAUGAUCAGCAUAAGUGGUUUAUUUGUGUUGACCUGAAGAUGGUGAACUUUUUGUUGGGACAACAGUCUGGCUUCACCAAGCACCCAUGUUUUCUUUGCAUGUGGGAUAGUAGGGACCGUGCUCAGCAUUACAUGAAGAAGGACUGGCCUGUGCAGGAGGAAUUGGUGCCUUGCAAAGAAAGGAACGUCAUCAACGACCCUCUGGUGGACAGAGACAGAAUACUCUUCCCACCGCUGCACAUCAAGCUCGGCUUAAUCAAGCAGUUCACCAAGGCUCUGGACAAGGAUGGUGACUGCUUCAUUUACUUGUGCCAGGCUUUUCCAGGAUUGACCAUGGAGAAGUUGAAAGCUGGCAUCUUUGACGGUCCUCAGAUCCGUCAGCUCAUCAGAGAUCCAGAGUUCGGAAACUCAAUGAACGAAGUGGAACUGGAAGCGUGGAAGGCAUUUGUUCUGGUAGUGAAGAACUUUCUUGGCAACAAUAAGGCCAGAAACUAUGCAGAACUUGUCAACAACAUGCUGACUGCUUUCAGAAACCUGGGCUGCAACAUGAGCGUCAAGAUGCACUACCUAUUUUCACAUAUGGACCGGUUUCCUGAGAACCUGGGUUCAAUGAGUGACGAGUAGGGGGAGAGAUUCCAUCAGGACAUGAAAGAGAUGGAGACCAGGUAUCAGGGUCGCUGGGAUGCAGUCAUGAUGGCUGACUACUGUUGGACUCUGAAGAGAGACCUCCGUGCUGCUGAGCAUUCCAGGAGUUCCAAGAAACAGAAGUUCAAGCCCUGAAGUUUGAAAAAUGGUGAAGCAACAUGCAAUUUACGUGUACUUACCUUUAUCAAUGCCCACCAUUCAGUUUACAGAAAACCUGACCUGAUGGAGAGAAACGGAUGCCAUUUCCUGAUUCAGCAGUACAAAAAUACCCUAAAUCAGUUGUAGAAGUUGUAGACAACGUUCAAAAAGUAAAAAAUUGUUGCCCAGUGUUAUUCCUCUCGGGCCCCUGGAACUACUUCCUUUCUCCAUUAUUAUGAUGAUGUUUCAUUGGGCUUGGGCUAGCAUGAGGGUUGGCACUUCUCCCAAAGAAUACAAAACUAUUGUUCCUGACCACAAGGAGCAGGGUAUUCUAAAACGAUCCGUUAGGUAGUAUUGAGGGUAAGACUGGACAAAGGAAAAUUUGCCAGGAAGCAGUUCUUGUGGCAUAGGAGCAUGCGUUCCCUUUUUAUAGUAACUUUCAGGCAGGCUUGUUGACAGUGCCUAUGAUUGACUAAGCCAGUCUGUAGGUACUGGACAGAAGCAGGAUGAAGGUUAAGACUGCAAAUUCAAAUCCCAGUGAUGGGACUUUUUGGAGGAGAAGCGACAUAGCUCAGUGGUAGAGCAUCUGAUUUGCAUGCAGAAGGCCCCAGGUUCAUUACCUACAACCUCCAGUUAAGGCAGGAAGUAUCUCCCUUCUGAAGCAAUGGAGAGCCUCUCCCAGCCAGGAUAAACCUAGCUAGCUGAACCAGUGGUCUUCUGUAGCAUGAGACAACUUCCUUUCCCCACUACUUAUGUGGCAAAAUAAUUUAUUACAUACAUAUUGCUUCCACAAAGGUGGAAAACAUGACAAAAACAUACUCUUUGGUAGGUGUACGUGAAGUUAAAGAGAUGUACAGGUUUACUGUAUAUUCAAUGAACACUGGAUUUUCCUCAAUGAAAUAGACACUGAUGUGGGAAACAGUCUUGUAUGAGCAGACCUUGGGGAUACUUCAGUUUGGGAUUUAAAAUGUCAGUAGCAUUAAUUGAGAAUUUAGUUUGUUUAGUGUACCAUUCAAUGAAUUCCUUAAAGUUUAGUAUGCUGCCAAAAUACUGUAAAUUUUAUAACACAUUCCCAAAUGUGCAGCAUGUUUGAUUUGCUCUUCUUGAGGUUAGUGCACCUUAGCAGCAGUUGACAUAAACAUUAAGAGCUGUACAGUUACAGAAAUUGUACUUGAAACUGUUAGAUGAUAUUGCCCACUGCCUCCAUUCAUUCAUUACCUUAUACUCUUAAGACCAGGACUGGCAAGUUAUCAGAGUAUUUGAGAUGGAUUCUAGGGCAGACAACUGCUGGUAGUAGCUUAACUGGAAUUGAAUUGAAAUAGUCUUGCGAAAUAACUGUUCUACUCUGGGGUCUCUUGUCAUAAGACUGCUAUGGGGAGAUUUGUUGAAACUGUAUUUGCAUGGCGGCUGUUUUGUGUUGUAAGCUGCUAUAGUGCAGUGGUUCCCAACCUCACCACCUCCUGGGGCACUUGAAAAUUGCCGAGGUUCUUGACAGACCGCUUAAUGAUUUUUCUGCCCAAUUUAACAGUUGUAAUGUACUGUGUUAGAUACUAUAUGAUAUUUAAUUUUAUUUUUAUUGCUGCUUUUGUUUCUUACAGUAUUUUAUUACAGUUUGAAUUCCAUAGAAUUCCAGUUUUAAUACAAUAUAAGAAAUAAAAGCCAUAAUAUACAAUUAGAAAUCAAUAUACGUAUUUAAAGGAAUGACUUUGCCACCUCCCAUCUUCAGCCACAAAUCCACAGACACACCAAGACCACCUGAAUGAAGCUCAUUCAGGGGUCUGUGGACCACAGUUUGGGAACCCCUGCUAUAGUGCUUGAAAAAGUAACUUUGGGUUCUCUUUCUUCUAACAAGAUAUAUUGGGACUGUGUCUAUUAAAUUUGUAAUAUAUAUUUGUCUUAGGUAUGUUCCACCAGAACAAGCAAAAGUUGUGGCAUCUGUCCAUGCAUCUAUAUCUGGCUCCUCUGCUAGUAGUACAAGUAGUACUCCAGAAGUCAAGCCACUUAAAUCUCUUCUGGGAGAGUCUGCACCGGCACUGCACUUAAAUAAGAGCACACCUACACAAGUGAGUAGAGGGGCAAAAACUGUUCUUUCACACCCUACAGUUCUCCCGAAUUUCUGAUUUUUCCUCCUACUCUCAUUUCUUUUAGCCAUGCUGAAUCUCAGCCAGCCUUAUUGCUUGUUCAGCACUCGUAUCUCUUCUCUCAGAUAUUUGGAUCAUAUAACUGCUAUUCUGGCUGGAUGCAUUAGCUGCCUGUAUAUUCCCAGGCCUAAUUGAAAAUGCUCAUUUAAACUUGCAAAGCCUUACAUGGCUCAGGACUCCAAUAUUUAACAGAAUGCCUCUUCUGCUAUGAACCCAACCAUACUCUUAAGUCAAUAUUUGAGGCCCUACAGUUACCCCCUCUGAGAGAGGUUCAGAGCAUGAUGACAAAGGGCCUUUAUAGCAGUGGACCUUUGUCUGUGGAAUGCUCUCUCCAGCUAGGCAUUCCUGGCACCAACUUUGUUAUUCUUUCUGUGCCAGGUCAAAACCUUCCUCUACUCGCAGAGAGUUGGAGGGAUGGAAUGGUUGCACAGAUCCCUUAGUGCAUUAUCAGAUAGAAUAACUUAAUCUGGGUGAAAAGUAAAAUGGUGUGUCCUUCUACAUCAGGAAUAAAACCUUGGAUUAAUCUCUCUUCAUGUUUGUUUAGCCAACUUUAACUUGUUGUUUACAGUCUCCUGUUGUAAAUCGAUCUCAAGGACAGUCACAAGAAAAGAAACAGUUUGAUCUUCUCUCUGACCUUGGUUCAGACAUAUUUGCUGCUCCUGCUCCUCAUUCCACAGCCACAGCGAAUUUUGCUAAUUUUGCACAUUUCAACAGUCAUACAGGUAAUAGUCUUUUCCAUUCCUGGAUUUGUUACCGAUAACUGAUAUUGAAAUCCAGUCCCUACAAAUGCACGUAGUAUAGUUUUGUGUAGUUUUUUAAAAAAACUAUUUACCCAAUUUGCUUCAAUAAGAAUGGUUAAAUUUUCCACUUAGCUGUUACACUGAAAUUGCCACUUUCCCUUUACUGUUAAAUGUAAGCAGGAAACUUAGUCUGAAAAAGUGGACUGAUUUGCCUGUCAUAAUUCUGAAAUAACUGGCAAAUGGCAUUCCCUCACCAUUAUGAAAACCUUAGUUAUUGAAAUUGUGCACUAUUAAUUGUUUUAAACAUCUGGCCCUUCCAAUCUAUUAUCUUAGGAUCAUAAAUUGAGAAUUUAGUACUGGUAGUAUAGCUUAUAUGGAAUACCAAAUCUACAAUUAAAUUGUUCAUAGUGUUUUGCAUACAUUAUCUCAAUAAUCCUUACCACAACCUUGUAAGAUAGGUCAUUAUUCUUAUAUUGCAAAGGGAAGGUUGAAAGGAUAACAUACUGAGUAGCCUGAUAAUCAAGCACUUGACAGUUUGUAUAACUGAAUAUAUUAUACCAGCUCUCAAUUUAUUCGUUCACUUCUGUUUAUGCAAAUAGUUAUGUAUGGGAAAUGAGUACUAUUGGUUGCGUUUUAAGCAAAUGUAUUGGUGUGGCAUUCUGUGGUGAGUGGCCUUUACAGAAUGGGUGGAGAGCUGCCAGACCUUGAGCCAGAUUGGGCCUAUAUCAUAUCUGGAUCCUUUCUGCAUGGCCCAACCCCAUGCUUGUUUCAUUCAUAUGUCCUGACUGCAGAGGGAGACAGGUGACCUGGAGAAUUGCUCUGUCCCUCUUCCAGCAGCUUGCUCUGCUUCUGUACUGUCAGUAGAGGAAGAGAAGCUUCUUCAUCACUGGAUGAAAGUGAGCAGUAAGCACAGAAUGCAUACUAACUGCUUGGGAUUUCUAAUCCCAUGCUGAUUAUCGGGAAUUCCCUCUCAGGACUUCUCUCUUCCUCUUCCAUUCUCUGUGUGUGUAUGUGUGAGAAAUUAAAUAUACGGAUCGUAGGUGAAUUGGGUACAAUUUUAUAAGUGAAUGCUUGUCUGACUGCUCACAUUUGGGUCUGGCCACUGCUUGCAUGCAUUUCCCAACACCCCUGAGGUGUUGACUCAGAAGCAAGGAGGUUGGAUGAAAGGAGCAGAGUAGGCAAUGAACUAAGAGAAGAACUAGGAGGGAAGGAUAAAUGGAGAUUGUGCAUGAGGAGAGAAUAAUGUGCUUUGUUGCAGAAGGAGAAAGGAGUGCAUAUCAGACUUAUGAAAAGUCAGGGCAGUCAAAAGGAGUAACAAAUAAUGCAGGAACCAAAGGAAAAUAAAGUUGGAUACUUUCUACUGAAGAAAGAAGCAAUGGUGCAUGAUUGAUGGAAGGGAAGAGGCAAGAAAAGCUUUGAGGGCUGGAAACUAGAAUUGAGAGUGCCAAGGGUGAUAAAAGUUUUCCAAGUCCAGGCCCUGAUGGGAAUUCUAUGAACUCUGUUUUCUAUUGUUACUGAACCUCUGUGAUCUGGCAGUCUAAUGGAACAACAGAAAGAGGUGCUGAAUUUCAGAGUGGUUUCAACUCACUAGUUAACUCUUUGAUUGCAUGUUUCUGGAAGUGAUUAUAGGAACAAUAUAUUCAAACUUUGAUUAACCUUGUUGCAUCUCUGGACAACUUUGUAAUGUGUGCACUUUGUUACUUGCCUUACAUUCUCAAUAUUGUAAAGUGAUGGAAAUACUAAAAAUCAUAAUUUCUUUUGGCCCAAUAUUUGACAGUGUUGUUUGCCCUUCCUUUUGGAUUUUUCUCUUAAAAUUUAUAUUGGCUAUCUUGUCUUCUUUUACGGCUCAGUAACUUCUCAAAGGCCAGGACCCAGAGAGCUACCUUAGGUGAGCUCAAGGGGCUUGUGUAUACCCAGUGGGGUUACUGACUUUCCAUGGCAUAUUGCACAAUGCUUAUGAAACUCCUUCACAGUUUCAAGAGCUAUUUUUUUGUGGCAUGGAUAUUUUCUGUUCAAGAAACACCAAAAGCCUUGGGUGCACAGAACUUCUUGUAAGAUCACCAUGAUACAAGAUGAAGCUGUCUUAAAUGGAUGCCAUAGUAGCAGUGAACAAAGAUCCAACUGGCCCAUCACUCUAUCCAACAGAGACCAGGAGUAUAGUAUUGCAGUAUGAUGACAUCCUAAAAGAACUCCAAAUUGUGUGAGCUGGAAUUUGAUAGCUGUUUUUCUAUUUUUUAAAAAAGUGCAACUUAUUUAUUAUCAAUUACAAAAAAUGUGUGUUUGGAGGUAUUGUGAUCAGCAGAAGUGAUCUUUUCUGUGUUGCGGACCAGCAUGAGAGACAAACAUCAGUUCUAUGUAUCUUGCACAGAUCCCAUGGAAAUAACUAUAUUCCCAUUUGGAGGUUAUGUUUUCAAAAUUAUUUGUCCCAUACUUCAUAAGUGACAAUUUAUGUCAGUGGCAUGUUUGAGGUGCAGCUUUGCUACCCUCAAAGCCUGCCAUAAUCUGAUUCAGUUUAUGACCUAUUUUUUGUUUUCAUACCAUUAACAUGUUUUGUUCAUUUGCAAUUUACAGCGCAGAACUCUGCAAAUGCAGGUUUUGCAAACUUUGAUGCAUUUGGACAGUCUAGUGGUUCGAGUAAUUUUGGUGGUUUCCCCACAGCAAGUCAGUCUGCUUUUCAGCACCAAAAUACAGGUAGAAAUGCUCUAACAUUGUUAGCUUUCUUAAUGUAAACUAAUCUGGACACAAUUUAGAAUAUCUUAACUCUUUUCUUCAUCUAGUUGUCUUAACACACACACUUUGAAGCUCUGGGGAAACCUGUAAUGAAUGCUGCCUUUUGUUUGGUGUGGAUUGUGCUUUUUUCUCGCAUGAAGUUUUUGCCCUGUAGCUUCUUAAUUAUCCCUACACAUGAAAUAUUUGUGUCUUGUUUGUUGGCACUGUAGAAUAUUGGCUAAAUUAAAAAAUACUGCUUUCCAUAUUCCAAGUUGGUGAUAAAUACACUGCAACUAGAGAAGAAACUAAUUUAAUGUAGCACAAGUACAUUAUUCGAUCACGCAAAAAAAAUAAAUCUCAUGUGUAAGGGCUACUGCUUUGCUUUUUCUUUAAUUUUGGUCAUGUUGUAUAAUGUUUGCUUGUCUUGAUCUAUGGCUGACUUAUUUCCUUUUUUCCUUUUCCUUUUUUAAGUGUGUUGUCUUAAGAUUUUCUUUUAAAAUUUUGUUUUUCCCUUUUGUUAACUUUAACCCCUCACACAAUUUCUGGCUGUCCAGCGUUCAGAACGCUUUCAUCUAGCUGCAGUUUUGGUGAAUUUACUACUUCCGCUUUCCCUCUCCAGGCUGUGCGCAGUAAGUUCCACCAAGGUGGGAAACUCAGCUCACUUCAUUUACAAUUCCUUUCUUUCUUCUUUUCAUUUUCAUGUCAAGCUUUUCUUAUUAGCCAUUGAAUUAAAAGAUGUUAGCUUGUAGUUUACUAGAGCAGCACUUGAUUGAGACCUCCUAAUAUAAACAGUUGGAGUCAAAGUUAAAAUGGUUUUCUUUUUCCUGCAAAUUGAAAAUGUCACUGAACUAUCAGCAUUUAUGAGAAUCUACUAACUUAAGGAUAGCUAUAUGAAACCUGGUCAGUAUCUCAUAAUUGGAGUUUUGAGGUAUUAAGGAUGGAAAUUUUAAUGACAAAUUUUGUAGAACCCACACAAACUGAUCUCUCAAAUGUUGUCAUGAGUCAGGUCACCCAGUGGCAGUCUUUUGUGAGGAAAGAGGCUGUAUAUGCUGUUACCUUCAACAGUGGAAUCAGAUAUUCGUCAGUAGUUAAGGACCACUUGGUGGCAGCCUUUGAGUGGAAUCUCUUUCAGUUUAAAUUUGUAAACAUUAAAUGCAUGGUUGUCACAGGUACUGAUGUGGAUUUUAUUUUAUUUUUAAAAUGUGGUGCUCACUCCUUCUACGCCUUUCAGCUAUCUUUGUUCAUCAAAGAUAGCAAUAGGAUGUGGGGUGCCCACAACAGUAGUCCCUGGGAAGAAAGAAAUUAAGGUCACAAUAAAGCCUCAGGAUCCUUUGUGUUUACUUCUUAACUUGAUAUUUCUGCUUCCCUGUCAGAAAUAAUCAAAGUAUGAUUAGUCAAAGGAAUUCUUAUUUAACUAAAUUUGCAGCAGGAGAGACAAUAUUAAAAUACUUGCUGCUUAUGUGAAUCGUUGAGGUUAGCCUUGUUGCGACACCUACUCUUGCAGCACUCUGCUAUAGCACUGGUAAGCUAGGGCUUUUAGAUUUUGGAAAUAAAAACCGGCUAUUUUAACCAAGUGAAAACCUGGCCAUAGGAGAAGCUUCUUGAAAUUUGUGACCCUUUAAACAUGUCCGCACAUGGCCACCAAUAGUAUUUGAAGAGACAUUCAUUGAGCUUGAAAGUAUCCAUCAUGUUUAACUUAUUUUGUUACAGGUGGGAGCGCUGGAUCAGUGAAUGCUAACUUUGCACACUUUGAUAACUUCCCCAAAUCCUCCAGUGCUGAUUUUGGAGCCUUCAGUGCUUCUCAGAGCAACACAACUGCAGCCAGUAAAGCUGCAGUGAAUAAACCGAACCUCCAGUCAGCAGAUAAAUAUGCAGCUCUUGCUAAUUUAGAUAAUAUCUUCAGCACAGGGCAAGGUACUAAUUCUUAUUCUUUGACCUGUUCUCUUACACUAUUUAUCUUGGCAGUAGUGGUGUUCUGUUAUGUUCUAGUAGGCAUUUAUUUAUGAAACGUUUAUAGACUUCCUUUUGGCCCUCUUAAGGGCUCCCAAGGCAGUUUGCAUAAAAAAAAACCCUAACCCCCCUAAAAUCUUGAUACAAUAAAAAUAUGAGAACAGUAAAACCACUAUUAAAACAAAUGAAAAAACAAUAGACAGCAAAAUAAAAACUAAAAAUAAAUAAAGUCUGAUGAAAUUAAAAUGUUUUGAUUGUUUACCUAAAAUGUUUCUGAUUGCUAUACACCAUAUAAACUGAUAGCCUAUUGCUUGAAAAUGUGAUACACUGGCAGUCGUGCAAGCAUUGUAGAUCUGGAAAAGGAAAAUUAGUGCAGUAAUAGUGGUCCCUACUCUAUUCAGUUGUUUCCUCCAUCCACACCAGGAUCCAGAGCACCAUUUAUAUUCUGUCAGUUAUCUGGUGGUGUUAUGUCACUGUGUAUAUAGGUGAUGACGCAUUUGAUUUGACUGAGGACAAAGCUUCCAAGGAAAUACAUCUCUUUCAGUGUAGUUAAUACCAUCAGAGAACUCAAAAUGUGGUCAAGUUGGUGAUGCUAGAAAUAGAGAUCUUAGAACCUGAAUAUUUUUUCAACUUUUCUUCUACUUUCCCUGCUUAUUUUUGUAUCAAUGUCACAAUGUAUUUUUGAUCCACAAUGCAUAAAAAACCCUCUGAUGCAGUUAUAAAAAUGAACUUGUGGAGAUUUAUGAGUUGCAGUUAUUAUAUCUCAUAUUUUCGAAAGGCAAAGUAGCCUUAAAGUUCACAAGGGACCAUCCAGCCAGGUUCCCUUCAAGCUUAAAAAACCAGAGUAGAAAUGUCCACUCACAACAGCUGCUGAAUGGUCACCCAUCAUUCGGAAAUUUGUGCACCAAAACUGCAAUUUCCAGAAAUAGAUGACUAGCUGACUUCAUGUGGUACAAUGUUCCAGAGUUUCUGUCCAUCUUUUCUUCCAAGCAGGUCAGGGUAGCAUAGAUGGAUCUCUUGCUCCUGCUCCCUUGCCUCUCAUUGCAACCUUGUGAGCUGGGUUGUUUAAAUUGUUUUAUUGUAAUUUUAACUUUGUAAGACACCCAGGUAUCAAUCAAUCAAUCAAUCAAUCAAUCAAAGAAAGAGGGUUGUGAAAUCAGAUAGAGAACUUGAUGGCUGAAUGGGGAUAUGGCAGAAUAGGUCUUCCUGGUUCUAAUCUGACACUACAACUACUGCACCACACUGGCUCUUGGGUCUCUCAUACCCUUAUAAAUUCUAUCGAGUUUCAAAUAAAGUAGAAAUAUGCCUAAAGCUGAACAUCUAUAAUAAAGGAGGUGUUUGGAAUGCAGUACAGUAUUUCAAAAUAAGUUCAAAGUCCUCUGUGGGAUACAUUUCUCAUUAACCUAGAGCUAUGGGUCCACUAAGAAUCAGAAAUACUCUAUUAGCCCAAUAUGAUAUAUAAGCAAAAAAAAAAAAAGGCUUAGGGUUAUAAAUAUAUCUUAAAAAUAUAAAAUUGCUGUAUUCCUUUUAUUAUGCCUUCUGUUUUUUGUGUUGGUGGACCUUGUUGUACACUGCCCUGAUAUUUUGUAUGAGGGGUGUGGUGUAUAAAUAAAUAAAUAAAUAAAUAAAGGAUAAUAGUACAAGUUAACUGUUAGUAUUUAAUAUCAGCUUUUCCCUGGCCAGCUCUGCAACCAUUUGGUUUCUUUAUUUCCUGCAGCUAAGCUAGGAAAAAGCCUCUUAACAAUGAGGAAACUAGCCGAAGCCUCAUCCUGAUCUCAUUGGGCUCUCAAACAGUGGAUUGUGUCCAACUAAGUUUUUCCUCAGAGUAGACCUAUGGAAAUCAAUGGACCCAUGUUGGGCAUAUUAAUUUCGACAGGUCUACUUUGAGUAGGACCAACAUUGGAUACACUUGCCCUGGGGUCCUUUGAAGGAAUGUGCAGGAUAUAAUCUUAUAAAAUAAAGUUCAGUAAUUUGAGGAAUGUACCCUCCAAUUGAGGUUAAGGACUCAAAGGCUUGUGAAUGUGCGUAUCCUAAGCAAAAAAUUACAGCCUUUAACUGUACUCUAAUUUUUAAGAUUUUCAUGAUGUUAGAAGUUUAACACUACAGAGAAUAACUUGUGUUGAACUGUUUGGGAUGGAAGCUAUGUAAUUGAUUAUUGGGUAUGUAGGUUUCAUUUUCUUUGUUCAGUAUCAUAUUAAAGUUGCAAUAUGCUAGACACAGAUACAAAAAAUGAUGCACAUUUAUUAGGGCAAAAUCCAGUGGUGUUUGUGUGUCAGCAGAAGAAACACCACUAUGCAAUGAGAUUUCUAAUGCCUCCCUGCGAGCCUCCCAAAUUUUCUCUGGAGGGUUCAAGGAUGCUCUGGAGCAGACGAAGGGAGCAGGGCGGAAAGAAAGGAAGGCCUGUUACAUAAUCAGAAACCUGCUUGUGUAAUGCUGGAGUUUGCCACAAUUUCUUUUCAUAUCUUUAGUCAAUCAUCUUUUUGUUUUCUAGAUAUUAAAUAUAAAAGGGUUCACUUUGAAUGGCUGUUACCAUGUGAAAAGCCAUUCACAUGCAGUGACUCUUCACUUGUCUCACACUACCACAGCGAUUUUGGAGGUAGUGUUUGAUCUGCUUACUUAGGUUCUACAUAUGAAUAGCAGUUAAAGCAAGCAUCCACAUGGCAUUCCUAACAUGUAUGCUGGUCUUGCAUGAGCUGAUUGUAUUACAUUGAACAGGUCAGCCUAUGUCCAUGUGUGACUUUCAGAAAGUGCUCCUGACUUGGGACUCUCUUUUAAUGUUCAUAUUUCUGAAAAUGAGGUGAAUACAAGGUUUGGUUUGAUACAAUAUGUUGAAUAAAGUUUAAUGCUGCCAUGGAGAAGGUUUGCAUUUGCUGGGAGCAUGACUUUCUCUAAUUUUAAAGAAAAUGGAAAAGCAUGGUUGCAACUCUCUAAUAGUAGGUUGCUCAACAAAAAAAUGUCAUCUCAGUUAUUGCUAACUUAAGCUCUAAAGAAAUCUACUCUGUGCAUUUUUAAUCUGGUCUCUUUCUUCCUAGGUGGUAGUGAGCCAGGAAGUGGCUUUGGUGCUGCCCAUACAGUACCAGCAGGUCCCACUGUGUCAGCCCCAAGCCAGCCAAGUGCAUCUUCAGACAAGUAUGCAGCUCUAGCAGAAUUAGACAGUGUGUUCAGCUCCACAGCAACCUCUAGUAAUGCAUAUACUUCCACCAGUAAUGUUAGCAGGUACUCUUUCUUGAUAGAAGUUGUUGUAAACCAGUCAUGUUUACAAAUGGCAAAAAAAAUGAAAUGGUAAAAUUUUGAAGUGCAGACAUUUUGUGAAAACCCAUAGUUUAAAAAUUGCAGUUGCAUUGGGAGUUUCGGCUUCAGUGGGAGGUUGAAGAGGUUGAUUGGCUUACUCAGAUGAAAGGUUUUAAACAAGCUAUAAGUAUCGCCAACUCAAAGUAGGAAGAAUAAAAAUGUAACAAAUAUUCUGGCAAAAGGGGAAAACGCUUUCAGUAUUCUCAGUGCUUUAGGGCUGCAUUCCUAUAGACACUUACUUGGAAUUAAGUCUUGUUGAGUUCAGUGAGGCUUACUUCCAAGAUAAAAUUAGGAUUGCUUUAAAUUGUUUUCAGGGAUAAGCCAUUUGUAUGAAUAUUUUUAUUGGUUAUAAUGGCAUAAUUGGUUCAAAUCUUUUCAUAGAGAGAGGUUUGCAAUGUCAAAAGAAAUUAAAUAUAUUAUUAUUGUAACUGUCUAGAAGUGCAAGUUUCUGCUUGAACCGUAAUUAAGUUUAUUUUGUUAUACAGCUGUGACUACUUUUGGCUACUGGGGAAAACAAAUUCUGAUCUAGCACCAGUUAGCUUUUGACUUGUGGUUUAAGUUGAACGAAAUGGAACCAACCCCCCCGCAAAAUGUGAUUUAACAGCCUCCUAUGUUUUCACAUGCAGUAAUUAGCUGUAGGUGUCUUAAUUGUUAAGUAACUGACUCUGAUCUUGAUGAAUGUGAAUUAUUUCCAGUAAUGCUUUUGGAACAGUACCAGUGGGUGCUAAUACACAGACACAGCCUGCGUCAUCAAGCGUUCCUGCUCAGUUUGGAGGUAUUGUAAAACAUUACUAAGCCAUAUUGCUAACCUGUGUUUGAGAGAUUCAGCUGCACGACCCCAUUUUUCCUGUUCCAGUAGCUAUGCUCUACAUCUUGAAGGCAAAUGUGCCUAGCCGUGCCAGGCUCCUCUUUAACCAGGAAAUGAUAAAAAUAUGUCUUAAACAUAAGAGUUAUCAUGCUGUUUUCUUUUGAUAGGCAAUUUGAGGGAUGUAUAGUGUGUUAAAAAUGUCCAUUCUUAAUUUUUCAGCAACACCAUCCACAAAUCCAUUUGUGGCUGCCCCUGUAGCCGCAGUAGCACCUUCAACGAACCCAUUCCAAACCAAUAGCAGAGCAGCAACAGGUUAGAAAAAGAAAACAUGCUAUGCAUUUGUUUGAUAGCAAUUAAUGUUUACCUUCUGGUACUAUAGAAUUUUAACUUUGAGGCAGACUAACAUGCUAAAUAUAGUUAAGCUCUUAUGAAAUCAAAUGCAGGCGUCUCCCCACUUAUGCGGGGGUUAUGUUCCCGGGGACCACACAUAUACGUGAAAUUGCAUAGAGUGGGGAGCAGCAUCUAAGAAGCCUGUAAACACUGUCUAAACCACUGGAAACCCUUGAAAAACCUCCCUACAAACCUCCUUUCUCAAACUCAACUUUCCACAGGCCUCAUAGGUUGGUGCAAAGGCUCAUGGGAUUGCUAGCCAUUUUCCUGAUCUUUUUGCACCAUUUUUGUAGUUUUCCUGCUCUUUUUCAGGAUGUUUUUGCUCUUUUUACACCUUUUGUGGUUGAAAUCAAUUUAUUUAAUUAUUUCCCAGUGUCAUGCACAUACACAGUCGCAUGUAAGUCAAAUUUGUGUAAGUGGGGAGACGUCUGUGCUUUUGUUGUAGCUUUAUCAAUCUGGGACAGACAAUUAGGAGCAGGGAACAUAGAUAAGUCCAGAUAAAAAUCUUCCACUUCCUGCUUUUUAAAGUAUAAAUUGAAUUGUUUAUAUAUUUGUGUUUCAGACAUUUGCAUUGUGUUGCUACUUUUAGAACACUUAAUCUUUGUAGUUCAUUUAACAUAUAUAAUGUAUGCAAUAAAAUUUACACAUUUAUCCUUGCGGCUUUUGGGCCCUUGUGCACAUUAAAACUUGUAUAGUUUCUUUAUUAGAGGAAUGAAUUUGACAAGUGACUUGCACAUAGUCUAUGAAGUAUUCUGAAUUUUUAAACGGUGUUUAAAUACUGGCUAUUUUAUCAUGCAAAAAUAUUUCUGCGAGAAGUUGUUUAUAAAUCAUUUGACACUGUCUGGUCUCUUUGUGACUUCCCAUAAGGCCUCUCAGGAGCAAUGCACUCUCAUAUAUUUCCUCAGGCUCACUUUGGUAGGUGGCCACAUUUUAUAUGAGCUUCAUGUGGCUAACUGUCCAUUUGCUUGUGAUAGCUUAUUGCCAGUUACUGGUUUCUCUGCAUGUACGACUUUUUCAACCCUCCUUCCAUAUUCUGAAAUGGAGUGGGCAUGGAUGGUGAUGCACCUGAAAUACAUGAUGACGUUACUCGGUGUAAAUGUUAAUACAUUUUACACCUCGCUCCUAAACACACAUACUCAAAAGUACAUGCCAUUUAUUUCGUUGGGACUUGCUGUCAAGUAAGUGCGUUUAGGAUUGUAAGCGGAAAUUGUUAUCUUACGUCCAUGGUCACGUUAGUAGGUGCUUAAAAUGAGUGGAGUUUUGAAGCUUGUGUUCAUAGUAGCUCAAGUGAAAUGAGUCAUAGCGCCAAACCAUUUUGCCACAAUGUGUUUGGCUUUGCUGUUUUAGCAAGCUUCACUAUUAAGUAUCCUCUCUGCUAAUAGUAGCUUGUGUAAGUUCUGUCAGUGCACUAUUUGUAUCUUGUCUAUUUUUCUAGUCAUGUGUGGCCUCCUUAUUUCACAAUUCCCUUCCGUUAACUCUUAUGCCAUGUAUUUCCUGGCUAGCCAUAACUAUUGAUGGAUGUGAUGACAUAAAUCUGUGCCAGAUCUCAACAACAAAUUCCUUGGAAGCGUCAUUCUAAAUCUGUAAAUAAAGCAAAAAUAGUUCCUGGUUCAGUAAAAUAAUGUUCUAGAAAUUCUUGUGAGACUUUUAUAUGUCUAGUAAUAUUAGGUAUAAAUUAAUUACUAGACUGUUUCACAUGCAGUGCUGCCACUGAAAAAUAUUUUUCUUUACUGUGACCCGAGUUAAGAGUUUUCUUGAGUAGCACCUCCUCAAAAAUCAGCUUGAAAGGGCAGAUAGAUCAGUUGUCAAAGUAAAAAUUUCACUGAGGUAGCCAAUGAAGCUGCUCUUGAAUCUUGACAACUGCUGUGUAUUGAACAGAAUGUAAUAGUGGUUUGCACCUCAGUGAACAGCAGCAGUGUUCUAAUGCUUUCUGCUCAUUCUUUCCUUGUUAAAUUAUUUCUGAAAGUGCUCUUGAAUUACUGAGCUAAAUGGCUCCAUUGCACUUUUGAAAUUAGGUGCUUUUUCCUGCCCUUUUAUCUUGAAAUUAGCUGCCUGCUUUGUAUUUUUGUCCCCUCCAAAUCCUUUCCAUCUAUCUUGUAUUCACUGAAAAUCACAUCCUGAUUGCCUGUUAUAUCUAGUUUCCAUGUUCUGUUUUUUAAAAAAACAUUUGGAAAUAUCUAGGCAGAGAUACUGGCUAAUGUUAUGUUGUCAAAAGGAACAGGCCCAAUGAAUUUUUGGCCGUGUUCUUAGAAAAUCCAGAAGCUUAAUAGUUUUAAGGCUAGCCAUGUGACUGGCUGCUUCAUAAGGGAUUCUGAGGAUAUGCGUGACUUCACAGAAAAAUCAUAGCUCAAAAAUAAUUGAAUGCUUACAUUUCCCUUACCAGCAGCAACAUUUGGCACAGCAUCCAUGAGCAUGCCUGCAGGAUUUGGAACAACUGCCUCAUACAGUCUUCCUACUAGCUUUAGUGGUAACUUCCAGCAGCCUGCAUUCCCAGCCCAGGCAGCCUUUCCUCAGGCUGCUUUCACUCAGCAACCAAAUGGUAAAUGCUUGCAUGUUACAUUUUGUUUUAGCUGAUGGGAGUAUACAAUAGUAGCUUAAGAAUGUCUUGGAAGUUGAGACUGUUUAUUUCAAGAGAAUUUGCCUAUACUGUGUAACAUCAAUUGAAUGUUACAUUGCUGCUUCAGAAUAUCACUGGUGGUAUAACGUUGGUGCAGGGAGGAGGGUGGGGAGAGUCACCUGAGCAGCGUAUUUUAUAUUCUCAUGUUCUUUGUCCUUAGACACAGAAACAAUUGUUGUGAAAUUUAUUCUACUAGCAUGAGCUGUUUUUAUUGUGCAAAUAAUUUCUGUCAGCCUUCCUUUUCUUUUAUAAGGAAAAAAGUGUUAUAAUUUCUAAAUAAGUUGUGUUUGGCCCUAGCAAAACCAGGUUACACCUAAGUUGCUACUUAACAAACACAGGGAAUGUAUUCAAGAUGAUACUCUGAAUCUUUUCACUUAAAGAAUCUGGCAACUAUACUACUGCAUGAUUAAAUAGAAACUUAGUUUCUGCAUAAUUUUAUACUGUGAAGUUUGAAUGUGCCUUUAUGUCAGAAAAACAUACAUGUUUCAUAGGCUUUGCUAGCUAUCAUUUUUAUAUUUCAGACACACCUAGGAUCCCAGCCUUAAAGGACUGGGCACAAGAGAAACUAAGAUGGUUGUAGUAAGCCAGGCUUCCUCAACCUCGGCCCUCCAGAUGUUUUUGGUGUACAACUCCCAUGAUCCCUAGCUAGCAGGACCAGUGGUCAGGGGUGCUAGGAAUUGUAGUCUCAAAACAUAUGGAGGGCCGAGGUUGAGGAAGCCUGUAGUAAACCCUUCUGAGUGCACAGAGAGCAGUUCAGGUUGUAUUUUUAAUUGACAUGAUUUUGUUGAAGAAACCUACAGUAGGGAAGCAAGUCAACUAAGUGAUUAAGUCCCAUUGUUUAGAUUGGGAUCAGAUAUUUUAUUGAGUUUAAUUGCUGAGAGCAGAGUAUGUGCACAGUGUGAUACUUGGUUACCAGUCUAAAUUUAACUUCUGAUAUUUUAUUACAAAGGAGCCGGCUUUGCUGCAUUUGGACAGGCAAAACCAGUAGUAACCCCAUUUGGGCAAGUUACAGCUGUUGGAGUAUCUAGUAAUCCUUUUAUGGUAAGUGAGCUCUGGUGAUAUGGUAGUCUAGAUCAGGGGGUAACUUUUUCUGUCAUUAUUGACUUGGAUUCAUGAGACAGUUCAGUUGGGAUGGAGCAGGGGGCCAUGCUCUUGAUGCUUGUAAUUUUAUAUAUUUGGAGUCAUAGCUGAUUCCAAAGGGAUACAAAAAAGUAAAACUUUCACCUCCCCAUCCUGUUUCACACACUCAUCUGUGUACAUUUGCUCUAUGCUGUUAGCUCUUUUCCUCUUGUGCCUUUGCUAAAAAUGUAUUAUAGGCAGUUGGCCCAUCUAGAGGAAAUGGAAAAAUUAAGUUUUGUCCAGAUGGUAUGCUUGGCAUGUGGCUUUUUGUGUGAGACUUCUCUUUUGUUUUCUUUAGGCAGGUGGACCAGCAGGGCAAUUUCCAACAGGAAGCUCAUCAACCAAUCCUUUCUUAUAGCCUUAUAGACACUUUACCUAAAAGAACUCUUAUGUGAUCACACAACAUCUCUGCGCCUCUUGCACUGUUGUCUUGUUUCACUGAUCUUAGCUUUAAACACAAGAGAACUCUUUAAAAAAAAAUAAAAAAGCCUGCAUUGUGUAUUAAAACCAAGAAACACCAGGUAAUGUGCAAAACAGGGGCCAUGGAAACAUCUUUUUAUCUGUGCGUUGGCAGGAGAAUGUUAAUGGUAUCAUGUAUUUUAAAAUUGGCUAAUAAGUUAUUGCAGAUACCACAUUCAUUAUGCUGCAGUACUGUACAUAUUUUUUCCUUAGGAAUUAGUUAUUUGUGCAUAUCAGUAUUUGUAACUUUUAACACAUUGUUAUGUGAAAAACGUUACUGGGGGAAAUAGAUCAGUCACUUUAAGGUGCUGUCGUAUCUCUUGGAAUGAAUGGCCUACAUCAUUUUAACCACUGCUGUUUGGAGUUAUGAGUUCAAAAUUGAAGGUUUUAUUCAUUUCUUGGAGUGUUUUUCCUUUCCUAAAGAGCUCUUCUAUUUAUACAUGCCUAAAUUCUCUAUAAUGUAGAGGGAUACCUGUCUGCAUAAUAAAGCUGAUCAUGUUUUGCUACAGUUUGCAGGUGGAAAAAAAUAAAUAUUAGAAAAAAAGUGUUUGUCUUUGUCGGCAUUUGCACUAACCAAUUUUGUUAAAUCUUUAGGAAUCCUUCCAGGAUGCGUUUCCACAGCUGCUUAUGGUAAUGUUGAAAAAUCUCCUGGUGAUCAGCCAAUAAAGCCUGUGCACAACAUUAUAUAGGUUUACAGAUGUCACAAGACCAGUCAGCCGCACGUGUCACUUACUCUUUGAUAGUUUGUGUGAAAGAGGGGGAAGAGAAGGUGACACAGUGAGCCCUGAGAGGAAAACAGAUGGGGGGGGGGAGCCGCGGGAAUCCAAAAGGUGUGUGCGUAUAAAGAGACUGCCACCUUUCAGUGAGCAGUAGAGUGGAGAAGCCAUCUACAAAUCAGGUUGCAUGAGGGGAAAACUGUGAGUCCCACUUCAUUGCAAUGAGCUGCAGGAGUAGGCUGGAGUGAGGAAGGAAAGCUCUGUAAUAAUUACAUAUGUCAAGGAAUGGGGAAGGGAUUAGCAAGGAAAGGAAUGAGCCCUGUUAUCUUGAAGUAUCUCACUUAAGAUACUCACUGCCUUCAGUGAGCUGCCCACUUCUUUACUCUGGAGCUCAUGAGACAUUUUUUGUGGCUCAUGGAAAAUAUCAAAUAAAAUAUCAAACUGUCAUUAUUUUGAACACUAUAGCUAAUCUGAUUUUAGAUGGGCAGUACAGAACCUACUUAACUUCUUGCUCAGUUCUAUUCAUGAAGAAUCCCACUCUGGUGGGGACACACAUUGUUUGAUUUAUUGAUCUAGGCUUGUAUCCCAUGCACUGCAAGCAAAACUCUGCUUGUGCAAUAGGCCUUCCCUUCCCUUUCCUCCAUGCCUCCCAAAUCUACUCUGGAGAGUCCUCCAACCCAGAGCUGAUUUUGAGGGCAUGCAGAAAACUGCAGGGAAGAGGAAGGAAAAGUUCUAUUCUGGAAGUGGACAACUCUGCAUUAACAGAACCAGAGUGUUGGAUGUCGCCCGAGGUUUCUGUUAAACUUAUUUUGAGAUCUCCAUGACAGGAUGCAAGAACUUAAUAGGCCUUAUUAGAGGCUAGAUACCUGUUGCGAUAGUUUGUGACUACUUGAAUCAUAGCAGCAGUUUGCUCAACAUAUCCUGUGUAUUUUGUACAAUACUCAUUGAAGGUUAGAGGGUUUUACUUUAAUAUGUUGACUCUAAGCUUCUGUAAUGGUAAUAAACAAAAGUUCUGUAUUUUA